AUGGAUGAAUCACUUGAAGUGAGAAUGUAAGCACUUAUGGAAUAUUAAACUCUGAAUCCAAAAGAUAAAGAUUGUUUUAUAAUACCUUUACUUAACAAUUGCCAUACUGAUAAUUUGAUGGAAAUUGCUAUCAACAUUGUUCAAGAGCAAUUUCUUUCAUUUGGAGGUCCUCCUUUUUUGGGUCUCAUUACAAUAAUAAAAGAUAGAUUCCUCAAUGAAUGUCUCAUCUAUAAUUAUAAUUGUACAACAAAUCAAUAUUAUUAAAUCAGAAUUAGUGGACUAUUAACUCUUUAAACAGUAAUCUUAUUCUUAAACCAAACACCGAAUUAAUUGCCAUAUAAUGAAAUAUUGAAGGUAGCCUAAAAUUGCACUUUAUUUGAAAUCAAUCCUAUGGUCAGAUAGGCUGGAUUUAGUUUGAUGUAUCAUUUAAUAAGAUUAAAUAUUUUUGAUCUUAUGCAAUAUCAAUAAAAAAUUAUAGAUAAUUGCUUAUUACAUCUAAGUGAUGCUUUGGAAUGCAAAGUAUUUUGUUCAAAAAUAUUGGCAUUACUUAAUGAUCAUACUGAUUUAAUAAAAUAUUUCCAAUAAAAAAUUUAAGUUGUUAAGGAUAAGGAAGUAGCUUAUUAAGAUUUUGUUAGACUUUUUCCAAAUUCAGAAGAGGCAUAAAUUCUUUUAUAAUAAAAUUUAGAUGCUUAAGGAGGGAAAGAUAAACUUGUAAGUACACAUCAAUCUUAAACAUUACUUGGGAUUACUAUGUGUUUUAAGGAAAUCUCCAUUUUAAAACCAGAUGAAUAAGUAUUAAAAUAAUUGAUUAUAAUGAUAUCCUCUUGUUUGAAAUCUAUAGACUAGCAAAGUCAUUUCAUUUUAUAAUGUUUGAUUGAAGGAUUAUAAGAGUUAAAGAUGUUUUAAGGAUUACCAAUCAAAUUACUAGAUAAAACAGAAAUCUUGGCUUUUAUGAAAUAAUAAAAUGAGACAGAAUUGUUGGAUAGAAUAGAUGAGAUAGUUGAAACAAAUAAAUGA